GACAGCUGUGUCCUGGUCACUACAGUUUUAGUUGUAGCUUAUGAACAUCACACUCGGUGAAGGGAAUCCACAAAAUUUUAAUUGACAUUAAUAUGAUUAGAAUGUCACGACUUCUUUAGGGUUUUUCCCCUCCCAUUGUUUUGUUCCACACCAGCUGGAUAAAGAAUUUUUGCAAUUCCUUUAGGCUCUGAGCAGGAUUCUAAGGCGAGAACAAAAGGAAAAGUAGGACUUUGGUCCAAUCUACAUGUCAGUCAGGAUCAAUGCAGGGUUUACAUGUGCACGAGGCAGUGAAACGACAACAAUGAAUGGAAAACGUGCGGAAAGGAUGCAGCUACCUCUCAACACAGAUCACCGCCCUUAAAUUGGCAGCCAAAACAUCCUGGACAGAGACUGCGUCAUGAGGUAUGGCUGAAUGUCACAAGCACUGACGACUUGGGUGGUCGCUUCCCGCCUUUUCCACAAAUGUAGCUGUGGGAUGCAAAGCAAGGAGCAAAAGAGGACAGCAGAUCGAACCAUGCUGAAGAAUGACCAGCUGGUCUAUAUUGGCCUGGAGCUCGUGAUUGCCUGUCUGGCUGUGGCCGGGAACAUCCUGGUAUGCUGGGCCGUGUGUCUUAACUCCAACCUACAGAGCAUCACCAACUUGUUCGUGGUGUCACUGGCGGCGGCUGACAUUGCUGUGGGCCUGCUGGCCAUUCCGUUUGCCAUUUCUAUCAGCACUGGCUUUUGUGCUGACUUUCACGGAUGUCUCUUCAUCGCUUGCUUCGUACUGGUGUUGACACAGAGCUCCAUCUUUAGCCUGCUGGCAAUCGCAGUAGAUCGAUACAUCGCCAUCAAGAACCCACUCAGGUACAACAGCUUGGUAACAGGCCACAGGGCAAAGGGCAUCAUUGCAUUUUGCUGGCUCCUCUCAAUAGGCAUUGGCCUGACACCAAUGCUGGGCUGGAACAAAAGAUUGAAGUCCACCUCCACUGCCUCCAGCACCUGUCCCGAAGGCUUGACCGAGUGCCUCUUCGAGGGAGUUGUUACGAUGGACUACAUGAUUUAUUUCAACUUCUUUGGCUGCGUGAUGCUGCCCCUAGCGGUGAUGCUGGUGGUCUACGUUCAUAUCUUUAUGGCUGCCCGGCGACAGCUCCGCCUGAUGGGCCUGAAAAAGAUCAGUCCUGCGCCCUCUGCUGCAGAAAAACCAUCAUCCUCGUUUCGCUCUACUUUCCAGAAGGAGGUGCACGCCGCCAAAUCCCUUGCUAUCAUCGUGGGCCUUUUUGCCUUUUGUUGGCUCCCCGUGCACAUCAUCAACUGUUUCAACUACUUGUGCGACAGCUGCCAGCGUCCGCACAUCUGGGUGAUGAACAUCGCCAUCAUCUUGUCCCACGCCAACUCCGUAGUUAACCCCUUCAUUUACGCCUAUCGCAUCCGGGAGUUCCGACAGACUUUUCGGAGGAUUCUACGCCAACACAUUCUCGGCCAGCGAGACGGCCACGGUGUCCGGGUCGGGAGCGCCGAUGGCCGAGACGCAAGGAGCAGCAGUAUCAAGCGGACUUCCUCACACAUCAGUAAAGACGAUUCAUCGUGCGGCACUACGGUGAACAGUUACAUCCUUGACUCCAAUCAGUGGGCGUCGACGUUGGACGGUCUACCAAACAGUUGUAUACCCACUGGAAACCUAACAGUGCAACAGCAGCAGUGCACAUAUCCUGAAGGGACCAAAAAAGUGGAAGAGAGAGAGAAUGGAAACUGUAUUUUCUUUGUCAAUGUUCAAGGUCUCUCCUACUGCCAUAACCGCGCUAUAGAAUUAACAGAAGUGUCAUAACAAAAGAUAUAGUCAUUUUGUCAGCUUAACGUUAAUCAUGCAUAUUUCUAAUAUGUUCUGUGUUUUUUUUGUCCAAAAAAUUUACGUACCCCGACUGUGUCUGAACUAUCUUUAUUUCACCGAAAUCGUGUGCGUCUCAAAACUUUUGUUCAUAUCACAUGAAAAAUAGUACAAAGGUCACAUCAAAGGUUGCUGACCAAUAUUAACCCAAUUAUGUAGAAGAUGAUAUGCUACAAC